AUAUAUGCAGACAAGAUAUUACCGAAGUAAGGUUAAUAAAUGGGAGAGGACAGUGAAAAUUUUGGUACGAUAUUCAUGCAAUUGCGCUAAAGAUGUCACAAAUAUUCGGAGUUUCAUAACGCUUCUACUCAUAACACCGUUAAAAUCGAAGUAUCCAAACCCAGUAAAAUAAACUAUCAGAAAUGUAGGGGUUUGAAGAUAUAUUUGGAAAGCUACCGAUGUGUUGAGAAGCGUUUUUUCUAAGCUGGCUAACAGAUGUAAGGUGUAUGUCUCACAAUGUACCCACUCUAGAACGGGUGUGGAUGCGUGACUGAGCGCCCCCAGCUUGAAUGUGACCAGUAAAACCAAUGAGGCCAGCAUAAGUGUCGAAGACAUGUAGAACAUUUUUUUGGGAUUUAUUUACUGCCAAAAGCUAUUUAAUAACAGGCCCUACCUGAAUGCUUGCAUGAUCGACAAAAAUAAUGGAACUCAUGACAGUUACAAGUACAGUUUAAACCAGUAUCGAUUUCAUGAGAACCCAGUGAGCAAAACAGAGUGUUGAAUCAGGAAAUUAAUUCAAUCUCUGAAUCAUGUACAAAAUAAUCAUCGGUUCGUACAAAUACAUCAUUACCACAGGCCAACCAACCCCUUAUGCUUACAACUGACCGCUAAUUGCUUUUAAUGCAUCAAUUUUCAGCUUCUGUUUCUAUUACAAUCACCCAAUAUUUUAAUUGAUGGAGUUACUAAAUGGACUUCCUAAAAGUAUUCGGCAUGAAGAUAUAAAAUUUUUGUCUUCUAAAACAGUAGAAAAUGCGAUUCCAAAUGGCACGCUUGAGUCCGAAAGAAUUUUCAAUCGUCACUUAGUUAGUGAAAAUUUGGAAACAUUACUGAAAAAAUGGUUAGAUGAAGGUGAUGAGCAAUGUGCAUUUUAUCUCGGUCAGAUUUACUUUGAGAAGGAGAAAUAUAACGAAGCGUGGACUUAUUUCCGAAUGGGUUAUGAAAAGUUUAAUGAUCAUAAAUCGAAGUUCCAACUCGGUAUUAUGUUAUAUGACAAUCUAGUCAGUAAAGACGUGACAAAAGUUUCAAACCCACAAGCUAAAGCUUGUGAAUUUUUUAAGGAGAUUAUGACCUUGAACGUCCAAUUAGCUUUACCCGUCGACCAAAGAAACUUGGUUUUUAGUGCAGCUUUUAAUCUUGGAAGAGCAUAUUAUCAAGGCUACGGAGUAUGUCCAUCUACGGAAGAUGCUUUGAGGUGCUUUUUAUUUGCUGCGAACAAUGGUGAUUCUAAAGCUUGCAUUUCAGCUCAAACGGCACUUGGCUAUUUAUACUCAGGACCAGAAAUUCGUGAUUUACAAAAAGCGUUUCAAUGGCAUUCUGAUGCUUGUGGAAAUGGUAGUGUUGAAUCUCAAGCCGUAUUAGGUGUAAUGUAUUUAUAUGGAAUAGGUGUGAAAGAAAAUUGUGAUAAUGCUUUAUUCUGUUUAUCUGAAGCUUCAGCCAGAGGCAGUUUAUAUGCUAAAGCAAAUUUGAUUUACUUUUACUAUCGACGGAAAAUGUUUACGAAUGUAUGUUACUUGGCUAGCAGAAUGGUAACUUGUGACAAUUUUGUGACAACAUCAGAAUGUAUACAAACAUUUCAAUAUCGAGCUAUGUCAAUGGCAUGUUUUCUUUAUGCAUUAUGCUUAAAAAGUGGUAAAGGUGUACAAAAAGAUGAACUAUUAGCUGAUCAGCUAUUCUCUAAGAGUGUUGAAUGGGACCCACCAUUAGCCGCGAGAUAUGUAAAUUUAGUUAUAGCAGGCGAAUUGUAAAUAUGGAGAUCGAAAACAAACUCUAAGAAUUCAAUCUGAUAUUGUCACAAUUUCUUUGAUACACAUCACUCAAUGACUUCAAAUUCAAUCAUUU